ACUUGCAGGUCCAGCCUCAGGCACUAACAUCAUAUAUUUUUGGCAGUGAGAAAUAACUGUUAGAUUUUGGGUGUGUUUCUAAAAUGUUGGUGCUAAAGAAGAACUGCACUAGAGUCAACUCUGUUCGGAGUUACUGUUUAGGAAGCAUCCCUACUGAUUUAUAGUAGUCUGAAAGUAUUACACAAGCACAGAGUUUGCGUUAUCCACAAUAUUCAUCCUUAUUAUAUAAUGUUUGACUGAUUUUUGGUCAACUGAGGUGGCGGAUUUAAUGCCUAAUGCCUUUUCUACCCCUAGAGGGCACAUCAUUGGAGAAUUGGUUAUUAAGAUUUCUCCGGUUUGAAUCAAAUUACUUGCUGGACGCUUUGGAAAUAUCAGCUGGAAUUUUCCCAACGGGAUCAUGGAGAAUUAUGGAAAUCCCAAAAUGAGUAAUCCAUCUUAUUAAAACGUGUAUGAUCAUACACGUAAAUUAUUAUUAAUGGGCUCUCUAGAAUAAUUCCUUCACAUCCAGGCUGCCUGAGCCUGGAUGAUUAUUUCUUGGAGUGUUGAGCAAAUAGCCUUAGUGUCCUCUGAAGCCACUUAAAAGAAUUACCACUGACGUCUGGCCUAAUUGGAAGUGGCACUUACCAUCAGGUGGCUUAGAGUUGCAGGUUACCAAUGGCUCAUCGUAGUGAAAAACGACAAACGGCUAAAUUUAUCUAACCGUUCUUUCUUUGAUCACUUCUGCGUGGUAACGACCUGUUGUUAAUCUGCACAUGAUUAAACAAACGUUUUCUUGCCCCGACACCUAAUCUUUGAGGUCAAUGUGAACGCUGAGCAGAUUAAGUCCUUUGUUUUGCCGUUACAACCGGUUAGCACAGCGCUACGAGGGACAGCAGCAGAUUCAAGAGGGCUGGAUUUUUCUUUUCUUUUUCUGAACUUGGGACAUUGUGUACAUUAUGUGUGUCCAUGAGAAGGAGGAGAAUGUAACGGGUGUCGUAUUGAAAGAGCUGUGUUUGCUCCAGAGAGUGAUCAGGAAACUUGAAAUGUCCUCCGCGUCAAGCUGUCUUCAAUGCAUCAAAACGGGGAGAUGCAACAGGAUGGAGUCAUCGUGUCUGGAUUUGGCUCUGGAAGGUGAGCGGCUGUGUAAGGCUGGUGACUAUCGUGCCGGUGUAUCCUUCUUCGAGUCCGCCAUCCAGGUUGGAACAGAGGACCUUCAAAUACUUAGCGCCAUCUACAGCCAGCUGGGAAAUGCCUACUUUCACCUACAGGAGUAUAACAAAGCCCUGGAGUACCAUCGGCAUGACCUCACACUUACUCGAACAAUUGGAGAUGAACUUGGUGAGGCGAAAGCCAGCGGUAACCUUGGGAACACAUUAAAGCUUUUAGGACGGUAUGAUGAAGCCGUGGUUUGUUGCCAAAGACAUUUGGAUAUCACUGGAGCCAUUUAUGACAAGGUUGGGCAGGCUCGUGCGCUGUAUAAUUUCGGGAACGUGUACCACGCAAAGGGCAAGAACAUCUGCUGGACUGGAGCCGAGCCAGGAGAGUUCCCAGAGGAAGCCAGGAUCGCCCUGAGGAAAGCUUCACAUUACUACGAAGCAAACCUUUCCCUGGUGAAGGAGUUGGGUGAUCGGGCAGCUCAGGGUCGCACCCAUGGUAACCUAGGCAACACUUACUAUCUUCUUGGUGACUUUGAAGCGGCAGCGGCUGCACAUGAAAAGAGGCUGCUCAUCGCUAAAGAGUUUGGGGAUAAGUCCGCUGAAAGGAGGGCCCACUGUAACCUUGGCAAUGCUCACAUUUUCCUCAGCCAGUUUGAAGUAGCGGCAGGCCAUUACAAGAGGACUCUGCAGCUGGCUAGGCUUCUGAAAGACAAAGCAGUGGAGGCCCAGGCCUGUUACAGCCUGGGAAACACCUACACACUUCUGCAGGACUAUGAGAGAGCCAUUGAUUACCACCUCAAACAUCUGGUCAUUGCUCAGGACCUCAAUGACAGAGUCGGUGAAGGACGAGCGUACUGGAGUCUAGGAAAUGCCCACACCGCCCUAGGGAAUCAUCAGCAAGCUAUGUACUUCGCUGAGAAACAUCUGGAAAUUGCAAAAGAGACUGGAGACAAAAACAGUGAAGCAACAGCCAGGAUGAACCUGUCGGACCUACGGCUGGUCGUAAGCCUGAAGUCCAACUCCCACAUGCACUCCAACAUCUUCCGUAACACCAACACUAACAGCUCGGCCCUGCCAGCAGGCUCACUGAGUCUCCAAAGCCUCCAAAGGCUAAAUUCUCCUUCAAGGAUCAGAGAUAGUGGAGAGAACCUGAGACUGAGUCCAACUCCUGACAAAAAUCAAACUGCGGACUCAUCUGAACAUCCGGACAUGGAAGAGGAUGUAUUCCCAGGGUCUUCCAAAAACUACACCAUCAAGGCGUGUACUAAGCUCUUCCUCUUCAACCGGCUUAAAAGCAAGAAGCAGAAGAACAACAAAUCCCCUCCUAAAGACCAGCACGAAAACCACCCCGAGCCCUCAGCCCCUGAGCUGGACGCACCAGUGUCUGCUCAGCUGGGAUCGCGGGACACUGUUGGAGAGGAUGGCUUUUUCGAUCUCCUGUCUCGUUUCCAAGGCAGCAGGAUGGACGACCAAAGGUGCUCGCUAUUAGAUGACCAGAGCCCUCUCCCUGCUCCUCCCUCUCAUUCCUCCACCCCACCUGUAGCUGAGAGGAAAUCUAUUUUGGAGGGCGAAACACCCUUACAGGAUCCUGGUCAUUUCCUGGAGCUGCUGGCCAGCUCCCAGGCCCGUCGCCUGGACGACCAAAGAGUGAGCAUGAGCCAUUUUCCUGGCUUACGGCUCAGCACAUCCAACCCGCCUCUUACACCCUCCACCUUAAGCACAGAUCAAGUCCCGCUACAAGCCCCCAUCUCCAGUACAGAUGCCCAUCACACACCCUCCCUGUACAGUCACAUUGAGGCCAGCUCUGAGCAGCCCGAGGAAGAGGAUGUCUUCUUCGACAUGCUGGUGAAGUGCCAGGGCUCCCGACUGAACGACCAGCGGUGUCCUGCUCCACCUCCCAAAACGAAAGGACCAACCGUUCCAGAUGAGGAUUUUUUUAGUCUCAUUCUGCGGUCCCAAUCCAACAGGAUGGAAGAGCAGCGGGUGCUGCCGCCCGCUGGUGUCACCCAAUCCAAACCAGACUGACUCUGAGGGACAUUUUUCUUCCGAAUAUAAGAUGAAGUACCUACGCUUCGAUUGGUCUUCUCAACAUUCUUUUUUUUAACCCCAAAUACUUGUUUCCUUCCUCCUUGGAUUGUCCUGACAGAGAUGGCACUGCCAAGAGUAAAAGGGACGCUACUGUAUAAGGAAUCAAGAUCUCAAAACAACACAAGAUAAGGUUUUCAAGCCUCAUGGACUUGUUUUUAGAUAAAUGAAAUUGUCUUUGGGUGAUCUGCACCCUUUUUUAUGUGGUCUCCUGCCUGUUUACAUAGACGUCUGCCUACUCUGGAAGCUUGCAUCAAGCUACAACAGUGGGUCAAGGUGGUUCGUAUUUUUUGGACAACUGUAUCCAAGGAUAUAAGCCAUUCUGAAUAGAUUUGUACUUUACGAUGAUGGACACGAGAUGUUACAUGAAUCUGUCGCAAGGAAGUUGAAACAUUACACUGCUUGUUCUUUCUAUCUGCAACUGUACCAUCUCUGAAUGACACAUCUUGGUUUGGAUUGAUCUCAGACCCCUGCAACAAUAACCCAGGAUCAAAUGACAGACCCUCUCUGGGGAAAUAAAUGCCCACAUCUAUUUCUACUGCUGCAGUGGUGACUUGUGGAUCCAUUUAUAGCAUCUGCGUGUCAAUAUAGCCUGUCAGUCUGUCAGUUUUAUAUUAAAAGCUGAGAGGGGAGUUAUCAUUGCCAUAAACUGAAAUGGGAUUUUUAUUGUAAUAACAUUUUACUAGUGUGAUGAAAAAAAGAAGUUAUAUUAGCUUUUGUAUUGAAACAAUGGAGAAAUAAAAUCUCUAAAAUGAA